CAGCAGGACGAGCAGCAGCAGCGGCGUCAGCAGCAGCAGCAGCAGCAGCAGCAGCAUCCAUGGGCGAUCAGAAUUUCCCGCCCGGCGUGCUGAUGCAGGGCCACCUGCUCAAGCGAGCGCAGGGCAUGCGCUUCACCACCCUCAUGAAGAACUUUGAGUGGCGCUACUUUGUGUUGCGCAACGACGCGGUGUCGUACUACGACGCUGAUCAUGAAAACCCCUCCAAGCUGAAAAAGUCGCUGCAAAUAUCAAAGUUCCGCGCGAUUGAAAUUGUCGAGGACAGCACCUUCCAGCGCGCUGCCAUGUUCCAGAUCAUUCACGAAGACGCCAUUCUCUACUGUGGCGCUGCAAACGACCAGGAGCGCACGGCCUGGAUGAAUGCGCUUCGAGCAGUUUUCGCCGUUCUACCUAACAAGUACUCGACGUAUCAUCGCGGCGCAUACGUGAAGGGAAAUUGGACGUGUUGUCGUGCCAAGCACGAAGCGGCACAUGGCUGCGACACUUGUUUCAUGUACAAUCUCGCGCCAUCUGCGCCAGUAGUCGCCGUUCCGACGCCGGCAGCUCCUCUGCCCAUUGCCAGCAGUCCAAUGACGGCCUACGCCCAUGAAGCGCUGGCCUCUCGUAAUCACAGUGUCGCUGCCGAGCCUCCGGAGGUCAGAAUUCACGAAGGACCGGAUUGCCGUCCUCGUAUUGUCCUUCCGCCGUUGAACGGACCAAACGAACAGCGCUACACUGCCAAGCACCCGUACGUGGCGGUUUCGGAGGGCGACUUGUCCAUCCAUGCAGGCGACAUUCUAGUGGUGUUUGACAAAUCCGAUCCCAACUGGUGGUUUGCGCGCGCUUCCAACGGAGCCGAAGGCAGCAUCCCGAGCAACUUUGUGGCCGAGUACGGUGCCAUCGAUGGCGAAUUAUGGUUCCAUGGUAAGAUGAGUCGGCAUCAAGCAAACGACUUACUUAUUCGUGAGCGCGAAGGCAGCUUUUUGCUACGCGCCAGCGACAGCAAACCAGGCGAAUAUUCAAUUUCGUUGCGAACGGCCGAGGAUGUGCGACAUUACCGAAUCGUUCGUGGAGCGAAUGGCGAGGUUUAUGUCUCCCCGCGCCACCAAUUCCCGACCAUUAGUGAUCUCAUUUCGUACCACACGACCAAUCGUGGCGGCUUGUUUAUUCGAUUGAAGCAUCCCGUGCCUCGCGUCGACCAACCCGUUGUGAAGAGUCUUGCGCGUGACAAGUGGGAAAUUGAUCGCGACGAGCUCACCAUCGGCCAGCAGCUGGGCAGCGGGCAGUUUGGUGAGGUCUUUGCCGGCAUGUUCCGAAAGCGCGUCAAGGUGGCCAUCAAGAUUAUGAAGGAAGGCGCCAUGUCGGAAGAUGCAUUCUUGGAGGAGGCGCAGAUCAUGAAGCAAUUCAAUCACGACCAUCUCGUCAAGCUGCUUGCGAUUUGCAGCCGACAGCGUCCGAUUUACAUUGUGACCGAGUUGAUGGACCGCUCGUUGCUGGAUCAUCUCCGAGGCAAUCCCAACCUGCCUCUCGUAAUCACGUUGUACAUGGCAGUUCAAGUUUGCUCGGCCAUGGAGUAUUUGGAGCAGCGCAAUUUCAUCCAUCGUGACCUGGCUUGCCGAAAUUGCCUCGUGCGCGACCCGAACAUCGUCAAGGUGGCAGACUUCGGUUUGGCGCGACACAUUGAAGACGAGUACUCGGCAAUGGAAGGCGCCAAGUUCUCGAUCAAGUGGUCGGCAUUAGAAGUCAUUCUUUAUGGCAAAUUCUCAACCAAGUCGGACGUAUGGAGCUUUGGCGUGCUGUUGUGGGAGCUCUUCUCGGCCGGAUGCAACCCCUACCCAACCCUGUCGAACGCCGAGGUCAUGGAGAAGGUUGCUGAUGGCUACCGUCUCCCACGGCCGGAUAACUGUCCCGCCCGCAUCUAUGAGCUCAUGAAAUUGGCUUGGCGCGAUUCUCCAGAUGAGCGCAUUUCAUUCCAAGAAUUGAUCAGCCAGCUCAACCCCAUCUACGAUGCUGUGGCCGACAACUCGACAGAGCUGCUGGAUCUCGACUACUAGAGCAACCAUACACUGAAUCGACAGCCGCUACAUUUUUCUUAUUCUAUCCUGGUUCAUUUUUUUGUGUUCUUAGGCUCUUCUUUUGUUGAUGCAUGCUCCCCCCGCCCUUUUUUUUUUCUCUCUCUCUCUCCCCCGCAAACUGUGUGAGUGUUUCUGUUUUGUGUUUUUGGCUUUCGACGUGUUUGCUGUCGACUUGUUUGGCGAAUGUGUUUGUUUGAUACCCUUUGCAUCCAUAAAAGGCCGCCA